CGCCCGCCCGUCUCCAUGGUGAGGCGGCGGCGCGGCCAUGGCGGAGGCGCUGCGGAGCGUGGAUGCGGGUGGUGCCGUGUACCGCUCCCGCGACCCCGUGCGCAACCUGCGCCUCCGGGUCCGCAUCCAGCGCCUGGCCUCGGCCGGGCCCCUCCUGCCGCAGGCCCCGCCACCGCCCGCUGGCCGGGAGCUCCUGGGCCUGGCGGAGCGCGCCGCUACCGGUGCCCGGCGGCCCCCGCAGGAGGAGGAGGAGGCGGCCGAGGUGGGGUGGCAGGAGAAGCUCUUCAGCCAGUUUGAGGUGGAUCUGUACCGCAAUGAGUCAGCCUGCCAGACCCCUUUGGACCGGCAGUACCAUGAGGAGAUCCUGAAACUGGAGAAGGCUGGAGGUCGGAAGAACCAUCGCAUCUUCACCUACACUGAUCAUGACCGAUUCACCAACCUAGAGGAGCACUGCCAGAAGGUAACUGACUCGGAUCAUGAGGUGCCGUCCUAUCUGGCAGAGAGGAUGGCCAAUGUGAGGAGAAGGAGACAAGACCGUAGGCCAAUGGAAGCAAGUGCUCUGAAGUCAAAAAUCAUCACCUGGGAACCCACAGAAGAAUUUAUAAAGAACAAUCACGUGAUUAACACUCCUGUCCAGACCAUGUACAUCAUGGGGGACUUGGGACCUUAUGGGAAGCUUGGUCACAGGGAGUAUGAACAUGUUCUUUGCACGAUCAAGGUGGACGGCAAUGGGGUGAUCACAGUGAAGCCUGACUUUACUGGCUCCAAAGGAGCUUACCGGAUCGAGCUGGAUGGAGAAAAGCGAGAGGUGUGGAAAUACACCAUUGAGAACGUGUCUGUCCAAGUGCAGCCAGAGGAGGAGGAACGCGAGCAGUGUGUGUUCAGAGACCUGUACGGUCGGCACAAGGAAUACCUCAAUGGUCUCGUAGGCUCCGAAUUUGAAAUGAUUCUUCCUGGUGCGCUACGGCUCUUUGUGAAUGGAGAAAUAGUUUCAGCACAAGGCUAUGAGUACGACAACCUCUAUGUUCAUUUCUUCUUGGAACUGCCGAACCAGUGGUCAAGCCCUGUGUUCCAGCAGCUAUCAGGAGUGACACAGACCUGUGCAACCAAGACAGUGGGCUGGGAGAACAUGGCAUACUUCUGCUACCCCUUCACUUUGGACAUGUUUUUCACCCAAGGAGAUGAAUCAGAAGACAGUCUCCCUCAGUGGCCCGUUCUUUACUUCGAGGUCCUGUCCCUGGAUUUCUGGCAGAGGUACCGCGUUGAAGGGUAUGGAUCUUUGGUGCUGCCGGCAUCUCCAGGUCUCCACGUGCUCACCAUCCCUACCUGGCGCCCUGUGGAGCUGGGGACAGUUGCUGAGCUGAGGAGGUUUUUCAUUGGUGGAUCUCCGGAGCUGGAGGACAUCACCUAUGUCAGGAUACCAUCAACCUUCAAGGGAGAGCGUCUGAGCCGCUUUGGUUUUCGCACGGAGACAACAGGGAGCGUCACGUUCAGGCUUUACUGCUUGCAGCAGUCUAAAGCCUUUCUGGAAACCAGUGCCCUGAGGCAGCGCAUGCAGAGCGUACUGGACCGGCUUGGAGGCUUCAGCCAGCAGAGCUCUGUCUAUGAUGUUUUGGAGGCUUUCCAGAGGGCACGGCGCCGGAUGCAGGAAGCACGCGAGAGCCUUCCUCAAGACCUCAUCAGCACCUCUGCCUCCACUGCGCACCAGCUGCAGGAGCCAUGAUCGACCACCUCUGCUGCCCGGCAGCACUCGGCAUCUCCUCUCUGACACAAGCUGCCGUUGUUCAGCGGGAGUCAUGGUGCUGGUGCCUGGAAGCUUUUGAAGCCCGCCCUUUGUUGUUUCCCUGGGAUGGGGGAAGGAGUCUGUAACACAUCCAGACCCGAGAUAUUUCCAUUUCCACAAGUACCGGUGGAAGGAACCCCAUUUUGCAACGCAUUCUGUUCCCAGGCCCUAACAAUAGGGCCAAUUGUUCACAUUUCUGCUAAGCAGACUAAAAUACUGAUACGGGACCUGUGAACCCUUUAACACCUUUUCAGCAAUUGAAUAGUAAAUGAUUAGAAAAAUUUCAAGUCUACGUGACUUGGUACGUUUAGUUUUCUUCUUAAAGAAGAGGUUGAUGUUGAAGGUCAAGGCAUGAAUGCCGUUUGAGAUUUAAUGAAAUGAGUAGAUAACUUCUUGAGAAGUGCUGGUAAUUGUCGUCAGCAUUUGUAGCUAUAGGGCAGUCAAUAGUAAAAUGAAUCUGUCCACCUGUGCCUUAAGAUUGACUCAUUCUGAGAGAGAGAGCGCUCUGCCUCGUGUCGUAUGUGAAAUCAAAGCAAAGGAAUGGCAUUUGACAGGUUGAGAACUGGAGAAAAGGGUAACGUUCUGUAUUUCACCGUAUGUCCCUGUAACAUUUCUGGCUCUGCAGUGAUGAGCAGGAGGAUUCUUUCUUCACAAAUACAACUGCAAACAUGCAUUCCACUUAGCUCACAGCAGAACUUUGGCUGGGGUUGGACAGUUUGCAGACAACAACAGAGCAGAUUAUAACAUUUGCACAGUAUCUGAACUUUGAACUGUUCAAGCUGUUCAUUGGAGCUAUGGUUCAUUGUUCUGUCUCUGAUUGCAGUACAUUGCAUUGCUUCCCGGGGAGGCGUGUGUGUACCCAGUUUUUAUCCAGUUUGUUCUUUUCUCAGACUUUUUUUCCCCCUGUUUUUAUUCCUGUCUCAAGUUCACAGGAGUGGGGCUACCUGCAGGCUGACAGUGCUGUAUUGAUUUGUGCACCAGUUACAUUUCCAUGAGUUCUCUGCUCCCAAAACAAGGGAUAGGAAGAAAAAUCUCAGGCUGAGAUCGCACAGGUCUGAAUGUGUAAAUUCACAGGCAGGAUAUGAAAUAGGAACUGGCCUUCCUCUUCUUGUUCUGCACGUUCCUCCUUCGCAGGGAACAUGGAACUCGUGGUUGCAGCCACGGGUGUGAUUGUUAGAACAUCGCCCUCUUCCCUGGUGCUCUGUUGUCUUCCUCGCACCCUUCUUGCCAUUUUGAUCAUGUCCCAGCCUUCCCUGGGAAAACAAAACUCCCGUGUUUGUACGUCCUUGACCUUUAUCGCAAUUCCUAGAUCUGCCUGGCAGCCUGAACGUGUCUGGCAAUUGCAGUUAUAAAAGGAUUUUUGCUCACCUUCCGUGCCUGCGAGCCCUCCUUUUCGCUGGAGGAGGCUGCCAGCAUGCGUUGGAUCGUGUGGCCUGCUAUGCAGAGCACAGCGUCCUUGGCCUAGAGCUGGGUGAUGCGUCUCGUGCGUGAGUCGGGCGUUUGAUGGGAUGGCUGCGAAGGCACACGCCCAGCUCUGGAGUAGCAGAAUUGAGGUGUGUGCGUUAUCGUGGUCUUUAAUGAUCUAGUCACGUUUCACAGAGAUCGAUCCAGGAUAAACAGCGUUCAGUGAGUACGUAGCACUCGCUGUCUCUUUUUUUUAAAAGAAAUCAUAAAUCACAUCGUGGCCGUGUAUGUUUAUUGCAUGCUAGCUAAGCAAUACUUAAUUUCUUUCUGGGUGUUUCUGUUGUGCUUAUUGCUAAUAGCUGAAUUGCAUGUCUCUGAAACCCUUUUCAGGAUUGAGUUGUAAGGUUAGGAGAAUAUUCUUUUCAUCCGUAAAGUAACAGACCCCCUUUCUGAUUGAGAUGAUGCCAAAGGCAGAUCUUGUUAGAGAGUGGACUCUUCUGAUUAGAAGACCAGGUUCCUGACUUGCGCUUGUUGCUCAGCACAUUUAUAUGGCAGGAUUUGGUGUCUUGAGUGUUAAGGUUACACAGAGAUGCGUAAGGUUUACACAAUUAUACUCAGUUUUGCUAGUUAAAACUCUGAAUAGUGUAAAAUCUUACAGAAACUUCAGAGAGCAAAAUUUAAAAAUAAAAAAUAGUUAUAACCAAAGAAGCAAUUCUUCCAAAGUAAGAUGUUGUUAGCAGUUUUUCACCUUCAUACUUGCAGCCUCCUUGCCUGACAGAGCAAAAUGGUGCUCGUAAAAGAUGUUUUGGUGAAAGCCUUCAGGAAAUGUCCUUUGAAUAUGCCCUUUUAUAAAUGAAACUAACAAAUUUCCAUAUACGUGUACGCGUAGGAAAAUGUCACUGAUCUUUUAAUCCAAACUGGCAUUUGGUGCAGGGCUUGUGCUCGGAGCUUGCCAAGGAGCCCCGCCAGCUGGCGCGGGGGUCAGGCCUCCACCACGUACGCGGGGAUGAACGAGGAGAUGGCCCGUGGGGACAAGGCAGAAGGGGAGGCUGGUUAUCCUCUCGGAGCUGUGAGGAUUGUCCCCUCUACAGAAAUGUCCCUGCCGUUUGCACCGGAGGGAUGCCUUUGCAGUGAAACUCAACAGAAGGGAGAGGACAGGACG